UUGCUCAUCAGUUGGCUUUGGCUUAUCAAUUCUUGUCUGCAGCUGCGGCAGUACUAUUCACAAUGGGGCACUGUUGUGGACUGUAUUGUUAUCAGGGAUCCUCAGACAAAGUACUCUAGAGGAUUUGGUUUCGUGACGUUUGCAACCGUACAAAUGGCAGAAGCGGCUAUGGCUGAUCGACCUCACACUAUUAAUAAUAAGAUCAUCAAAGAGAAAUACUCGAACCAGCAUGAAAUAAAUCUGUCAUGGACACGAACUGUGGUUAAACGGAAACUGUGGAGGGCGCAUUUGAUAUGCAGCAUUUUUGGAAAAAAAAAAUCAAACUCUCUCACGUACCCCUGCUUCCAGGUGGUGGAUCCAAAACGUGCCAUACCACGUGAGCAGAUGUCACCUCUGUUACCAAAUCAUCCGCCUUCUUUUCUGGAGAUUGAACCCGAUCCCGGAUGUAAGCUGUCUUUGUCAGGAAUUCACUGGGCAUGGCACACAGUGGAUGAUUUGCGACAGUACUUCGACAGUUUUGGCGUGGUCGAACAGAUUGAAAUAUUGGGAAAUCCUCGUGGUCUUGGUUUUGUUGUUUUUGAAAACAAGGCUGCCGCAGAUAAAUGUCUGGAACAUGGAAAAAUUCACGUAAUCAAUGGACAAAAAUGUGAAGUCACGGCGAGUUUUCUCUUGAUUUCAUUCCAUUGUAUUUAUUGAUU